AAGAUCUAGGAAACUACUCCUUUGAAAGAGAGAGGAAAAGAGGAAAAAAAGAAAAGAAAAAGAGAAGAGAUGGUGAGGACUCCUUGCUGUGAUAAGAGUGGAUUGAAGAAGGGUACAUGGACUCCAGAGGAGGAUCAUAAGCUCGUAGCUUAUAUUACUAGAUAUGGGUGUUGGAAUUGGCGUCGGCUUCCCAAGUAUGCAGGUCUAAUGCGGUGCGGGAAGAGUUGCAGGCUGCGGUGGAUGAAUUAUCUAAGACCAAACAUCAAAAGAGGGAAUUAUAGCAAAGAAGAAGAAGACACCAUCAUCAAAUUACACGCAUCGCUUGGGAACAGAUGGUCUGCCAUUGCAGCUCAGUUACCAGGAAGAACAGACAAUGAGAUAAAAAACUACUGGCAUACCAACCUCAAGAAACGGUUGAUUAAGCAAAAGACGGCUUCCCAUGAAGCAAACUUCAUCUCCAAUGGUCUCUCCCAACGUGAAACAAGCCAAAAUAGAUCUGUUGUACACCCAAUUGCUUCUCAAAUUCUUGAAAGCUACCCAUUUUCCCCACAGCCAUCCUCUAGUACUGAAACCUCAUCCUCAACCACAGACAGUAGUGCUGCAGGAGGUAACAGCAGCAACUGUGCUUCAUAUGAUUGCAGCAGCUUGGCUUCCAUGGAAACGGUUGCAGAACUCAGUGGAAAUUUCUGGACAGAACCAUUUUUUGCAGACAACUACUACAUACCAAAUGAUUCCAUGGCUCCAAUGGUGGACCCAGAGAUUUUAUUUCAUCCCCCACUUUCUGGAGAGCUCUUGUACUCAGAUGGUUUCUAUAAUGGACAUGAAGGCUUAAGAUAUUGGUAAAAGCAUUGUAGUCUUAACAGUUUUCCCCGGAGGAUCAUGUGUAUGCAUGAUCGUUUCUCUCUCGCUCUCUCUAUAUGUAUGUAUAAGGCUCUAAGAGAAGCAGUCCUAUAAAUCUAUCCUCUCUUUUGGAACAUA